AUGUUGCUGUCAUUAAUAUUUGCAGCUUUUGCUGCAGUAGCUGUUGCUGGGCAUGACCUAGAUCAUCGAAUAGUGGGAGGUGAAGAUGUAGAUAUUUCAACUUGUGGAUGGCAAGUUUCGUUUCACAAUAAGAAUGGCCAUUUCUGUGGAGGAUCCAUCAUUGGCAAAGAAUGGAUUCUAACUGCUGCGCAUUGCGUAACCAAAUAUGAAAACAAUAUCGAAGGUUUAAAAGUCAGAGUUGGAAGCAAUGUGCAUAACAAAGGUGGGCGUUUAUACGACAUUAUAGAAAUUAAAAAACAUCCAAGAUAUAGUGAUCGAACCAAAUACGAUUUUGAUGUCGCUUUAUUACGCAUUGCAAAACCAAUUGCAUACACUGCCUGCACUGUUGUUCCUGUAACAUUAGCAGAAACAGGGAAAGAAGUUCCAGAAGGCGCACUCGUCAGUGUCACAGGAUGGGGGGCUACUAUGAUUGGCGGCCCGGGAUCAACGCAGCUAAAAGCUGUUAAGGUUCCAAUCGUGUCAAAUGAAGAAUGCAACAAAAAUUAUACCAUUCCUGGAAGUUUGAAAGACAACAUUUCAGAUAGCAUGUUUUGUGCUGGUUUUCCUGAAGGCGGAAAGGACUCAUGUCAAGGAGAUAGCGGUGGGCCUGUAGUGGAUGAAAAUAGGGUUCAGGUCGGAAUUGUAUCUUGGGGCGAAGGCUGUGCUUUAGCAGGAAAACCAGGCGUUUAUGCAAAAGUUUCACAUCCUGACGUGAAAAGGUUUAUUGAAACCGUAGCAGGAAUCAAAUAAUACUUGUUAAAAAAUGUAGACAAAUUGAAUGAACUUUCAAUAAAAUUGUUUUAUUUUUGG